AAAUAUCUUUUUAAUUCACCCAUUAUUAUAUUUAGUUUUCCUUAUUUUGUUCUGAUUGCUUAUCAUAUGUCAAUAUGUAGCCAAACCAACGCCUAGCCUCUUACUGAUAUUCUAAAACAAACACUAGAGAUUUAUCAAAUAUCCGUUUUGCAAUUAAUAUCAUCGAAAAUAAAUUGCAAUAGCAUUUAGAAAAUUCCAAGCAACCAUGGCUGCAAAACUUCUGUCCGUCGUAUAUACUACUAACCGAACAAUUUCCAAUGGAUUUAAAGGAGCCUUUUUAAAUGGAUCUCGAUGGAUGCAUUCAAGUCAGGAACCAAACAAAGUCAAGAAAACAACACAAUUAAAACAGAUGCUGCUUUCAAAAGAACUUGAAUUCAUCAUGGAAGGCCACAAUGGAUUGAGUGCUCGAAUAGUUCAAGAAACUGGUUUCAAGGGGAUUUGGGGCAGUGGGCUUUCAAUUUCUGCUCAGCUUGGAGUCCGUGACAGCAACGAGGCAUCAUGGACCCAAGUCCUUGAUGUUGUAGAAUAUAUGUCAGAUGCUACCGAUAUCCCAAUUUUAUUAGAUGCAGACACAGGCUAUGGCAAUUUCAAUAAUGCCCGACGACUUGUCAAAAAAUUGGAAGAGCGAGGCAUAGCAGGUGCUUGUAUUGAAGACAAAUUAUUCCCUAAAACAAAUUCUUUAUUAGAUGGAAGAGUUCAACCAUUGGCAGAUAUUGAAGAAUUUUCUCUUAAGAUCAAGGCUUGCAAAGACAGUCAGAGAGAUCCCGACUUUUGCAUUGUGGCACGAGUUGAAGCAUUCAUUUCAGGAUAUGGACUUGAAGAAGCAUUGAAGAGAGCUGAUGCUUAUGCUAAAGCAGGAGCUGAUGCUAUAGUAAUGCAUAGCAAAAAGAGUGAUCCUUCAGACAUUGAAUCGUUUAUGAAAGCUUGGAGCAAUCAGGCUCCUGUGAUAAUAAUUCCAACAAAGUAUUACACAGUUCCGACUCAACAUUUCCGAGACUUAGGAUGUUCUAUGGUAAUCUGGGCUAAUCACAACUUGCGUGCCUCAAUCACAGCUAUGCAAAGUUUAUCUGCAACAAUCUACAAGGAUCAGUCCCUUGUAAAUGUUGAAAAAACGGUAGCUCCUGUGAAAGAAAUAUUCCGUCUGCAACGUGACCAUGAACUGGUUGAAGCUGAAAAAAUCUAUUUACCUCAAAGAUGAGCUAAGAUGAUAUUUUAAUUUUUUUUUUAAUCUUUUGAAAUAAGAAACAAAUCAUUGUUGGGAAUAAAUUUUGGGGCUAUUGUUUGUUUCUUUUUUUUUUUUUGUUAAAUUUUCAAAUCAUUUUUCUGUGUCGGUAAAUAUUGGUAUUUUCCCUAACUGAUAAAAACUUCAGUUAACAUUCUGAUCGUUUUCUUUUUUCUGGCUUUAUAUGGUGUUAUUACAGAAUAUCAAUGAAUGAUAAUAACUUGACUUUUGUCUACGAUUUUUUUUUUUUACAUUUUUUGAAUGGAAAUUAUAUUUCUUAAGAGCUUUGAAAAAAAAAUUAUUUAUAUACAUGUGUAUACACAAAUAUAUAUACACAUAAAUAUAUAUAUAUAUAUAUAUAUAUAUAUACAUACACACGACAUAUAUACACUCACCCACACACACACACAUGCACGCAUAUACAAGGUAGUAUCAACAAUUCCCGGACUAAUUAUGUUUAAUAAAAAAUAACUUAUUUACCAAAGUUUUAGUAUCAUCUCCUUUGAAAUAGUCACCUUGCACAGCAAUACACCUGUCCCAGCAUUCCUGCAACUUUUGGAAUCUGGCCUGGAAGUCGUUUUCCAUGAGUUGAGGACCUUCUGUGAUUCCAUCUGGAUCUUGACAACAGUGUUAAUACAGUGAUCUUUAAGCUGCAUUUUCAUCUUGGGGAAAGAGAUGGAAGUCCACAGGUGCUAAAUCUGGCGAAUAGGGCAGGUGCAGAAGUGAUACCGUGUAGUUUUUAGUGAGAAACUCAAGAAUGAGAAGAGCUCGGUGACAGGGUACAUUGUCAUUGUGAAGAAUCCAAUUCUUCACGCUUCACAGACCUGGUUGCUUUCGCUGAAUGUCCUCUCUCAAAUGCUUCAAAACAUCGUUGAUUCUCCUCUGACGAUCUUCAUACACGAAUCUUCAUACAUGAAUUUUCUCCACAUUUCUUGGGGUGGCACUCAUGGCAAGUCUUCAAGAUCACUCAUCGUCUUCCCGGGACAUUCUUCCACUUUUGUAGCACCUGUGCCACUUGAAACAUUGCAUAUGACCCAUUGUCUCAUCACGGUAAAUUUGCCGAACCAUGCUCAAUGUCUCUGUAGCAGACUUCCCGAUUUUAACACAAAAUUUCGCGUUGGCACUUUGUUCCAACUUCCUGUCCAUGACAAACACACAUACACAUGUAAUCGCAAAAACACAAAUUUCACAA